AUGCCGGGAUUCUCCUUUGACAACGUUCAGCGAAACCUCAACCUUCAACAGCAAGGAUUGCAUCCCCCUAAGACCCUCAAGACAGGUACAACCAUUGUGGGAGUGGUCUUCAAGGAUGGCGUAGUUCUGGGUGCUGAUACCCGUGCAACUGAGGGCAGCAUCGUGGCGGACAAGCGGUGCAAAAAGAUUCACUACAUGGCACCUAAUAUCAUGUGCUGUGGUGCGGGAACUGCGGCUGACACCGAGGCUGUGACAAAUACAGUCGCCGCUAACCUGGCGCUUCACCGGCUCGAGACAGGAAAACAGUCGCGUGUGCACGAAGCACUUACUUUGCUGAAGCGCCACUUGUACAGGUACCAGGGCCACGUGAGUGCUGCGCUGGUCCUCGGCGGUGUAGAUGUAGGAGGGCCGUACCUGGCCACUGUGGCGCCGCACGGUAGCACCGACCGCCUCCCCUUUGUGACAAUGGGGAGCGGUUCCAUCGCUGCCAUGUCAGCGCUCGAGACUGGCUACAAGGACAAUUUGCCACUCGAAGAAGCGAAGGAGCUGGUGGCGUCGGCGAUCCGGAAAGGCAUCUUCAACGACCCGUACAGCGGGACACAGGUGGAUCUGUGCGUCAUCACGAAGGCGAAGACGGAGCUGCUGAUUGGGUAUGACAAACCGAAUGAACGCAAAUACCCGAGACAGGAUAUCAGGUUUCCACCUGGCACAACGCCGGUGCUGAGGGAGGAAAUACGAAGUUUGGUGACAAUCACGGAUGUUGAGUGA